AUGGCCAUUGUAUUGAGAUUUAUUGAUAAGAAUGGUUUGCUUAAAGAACGAUUUUUUGGAGUUGUAGGCGUUAAAGACACCACUGCCUUAACUCUUAAAAAAGAAAUAUCAGAUGUCCUUACUCUUUAUGAUCUCCAAAUUGAUAAUAUGCGAGGCCAAGGGUAUGAUGGAGUGAGCAAUAUGCGUGGGGUGUGGAGUGGAUUACAAGCGUUGUUUCUUAAAGAAUGUCCAUAUGCAUAUUAUGUACACUGCUUUACUCACCAACUACAACUAACAUUAGUUGCUGCAUCCAAAGAUGUGCAAGAUAUAUGGCUAUUCUUUUCAAAGUUGAAUUCUAUUAUCAAUCUUGUCAGUGCUUCUCUUAAGCGUCAUAGCGAGUUACAAUCUGCUCAAGUGAUUUUAUCUACUAAUAAGUUGGCUACUGGUGAACUUGAGAGUGGUCGUUCUUGUCAACAAAAAGAUAGUAUUACAUUUAAUCAUCACUAUCAAGUUGAUAUUUUCAAUGCUGCUGUAGAUUUUCAAUUGAUGGAGUUAAAUCAGAGAUUCUCUGAAAAUACAGUGGAACUCCUUAUUCUUGGCACAGCUUUGGAUCCUAAAGAUGCUUAUAAAUCAUUUAAAGUUGAUGAUAUUUGCGAUCUUGCAGGGAAAUUUUAUCCUAAGGAUUUUUAA